AUGGAUUUGAAGAGAAUAUCGAUUUCAAAACCUCAAAGUUCAUUUGGAGAAGUUUCUAUUCUUUGUAACAUUCCUCAACCUUACACAGUUCGAGUUUGUGAGCUUUGUAGACUUCUUCGCCUUGACAAACAAUCUUUCUCUAACAUCCUUGAGAUUUAUUUUCAUUAUGGGAGAAAAAUUCUCAACAAUCUUGUAGAGAUAGAUGAUGCUGGUUGGUUUUUGUGUACAAGUGUAGCAAGAGGAGAUAUUGAUUAUAUACGAAGGAUUUUGUCAAAUGGGGUUGACCCAAAUUCAAAAGAUUAUGACUUUAGAACUCCACUUCAUAUGGCUGCAUCACAAGGAUCUUAUAUAAUUGUCAAUUUGUUGGUGGAAGCUGGAGCUAGUGUUCUAUCAAAGGACAGAUGGGGUAAUACUCCACUUGAUGAAGGGAGGAUGUCUGGAAACAAGAUGCAAGUUAUAAAAACAGCAGCCGAACAACUGAAGUUGGAAAGAUAUGACACUUGUUGUAUAGUAAUAGAAGAUGCAGGUAAAAUUCUUGAUGUUGAUAUGAUUUUAGAUGGACAAAAGUUGUAUUUGAUAAGUGAAGAAUGA